AUGGAUAUAAAUGCCUUCGUGAAGUUGUGUUACCUCUUGCAACAUGUUGGUGGCCUCGAGCAUUCUAGAUUUGUAUCUGUGCAUGAACAAGUUGCCUUAUUUCUUCAAGUACUAGCCCAUCAUAAAAAGAAUCGAAUAGUUUCAUAUGACUUUAAGAGAUCCGGCCAAACUGUAAGCAAAUACUUCAACAGAGUGCUUGCAACACUACUUAAAUUGCAUCCGACUUUACUUGUUACACCUGAACCAAUUGGUGAGGCCGAGACAAAUGAAAAUUGGAAACAUUUCAAGGGUUGUCUUGGAGCUGUGGAUGGAACAUUUAUAAAAGUGAGAGUUGAACUCAGUGAGAAGCCCAAGUAUAGGUCAAGGAAAGGAGAAAUUGCAGUUAAUGUUCUUGGUGUAUGCGAUAGAAACUGCAAUUUUAUUUAUAUAUUAUCCGGAUGGGAGGGCUCUGCUGCGGACAGCGGUGUUCUUCGUGAUGCCGUUAUGCGUCCGAAUGGUUUUAAAGUACCAUCGGGUAAUUAUUAUUUAUGUGACGGUGGCUACAUGAACACUACUGGAUUCUUAACGCCAUACAGGGGUAUAAGAUAUCAUUUGAAAGAAUGGGGUGAAGGUAGAGCGGCACCUCAAAAUCCUCAAGAAUACUUUAAUAUGAAACAUAGUAGAGCGAGGAACGUAAUAGAGAAAGCUUUUGGAUUACUGAAAACACGAUGGGCUGCCUUACGAAGCAAUACUUUCUACCCCAAGACUUAG